ACCGUCCUGAUAAAACUACGGAAUACCGGAAAUGUCGUCAUAUUUGGGCGGUGCUUCUUAUUACUCUCAUUGCUAUUGGCUCAGCGCGAAAUUUCAAACGCAGCUGCAGACGCUCAGAAAGUUAACGUUAGUGUUACAGUGAACGUCAUGGAGAAAAGUUGGAUUUUAAACUGAAGUACUCAAUUAUAUCGUUAGUUAAACACUGGAUUUGAAUAAUUCUUACGAUUUUUGAGGAUCUUAGCCAAAAGAGACAUGGAUAUCGCGACGUAUUUACAAUGUUUUGAGAGCAGCAUCAGCUCAUACACCGGAGAUGACCCCCUGGAUCAGUGGGACAAGUUUGCGGAGUACAUGGAGCAGAGAUUACCUGCAGAUGGAGCCAAAGGGAUGUUGCUGGUGUUUAACAGAAUAGUUGAGAAGUUUCUGGACAUGGAGCGCUACGCCAACGACGUCAGAUACGUCAACUACUGCAUCAAAUGUGCCAGUUCUUACCAGGAUCCCAUCGCGCUGUUCAGUCACGUCUUCAGUAAAGGGGUGGGCACUCGGACGGCAGCGUUCUACAUGGCCUGGGCUCAGCAGUUUGAGCAGAAGAGCAUGAACGAACAGGCUGACGUGGUUUACCAGAAAGCACUGGAGAACCAAGCCCAGCCGACCGACGCUGUGCUCCACCACUACAGGCAGUUUCAAGCCCGAACCCGAAUCCAGAACCAAACAGCAUCAGGUGGACGGACUCCUUUACAGAACUCCCAUUUAACCAAUCAGAUGACAGCGCAGACAGAGCCAGCCCCUCAGACCAACAUAUGGACUUCGAUAGACUGUCCACCCAAACCAGCCGCCUAUAAAACCACCAUCACAGUUUCCCGGUCGGAGACAUCAGGGACCAUUCCCUCCAGCUUCGGUGUUCCCACCGUGGCGGCCUACAACAAAGAUGAGCUGGAGUGCGAAGGCUCCGAGCUGUGCUUCGAGGAGGUUCGGGCUCAGAGAUACUUCCACAAACUGCAGGAGAAACAGGAGGAGGAGCGCAGGAGGAAGACAGAGGAAAAGCUGAGGAAGGAGGAGGAGGACGUCCUGAAAGUGAAGUCCAUGUUGGAGGAGGUGAACCGAAAGCUGGAGGCCAGGGGAGCUUUUCCCAUCCACGACACAGCACAAACAUCUGACCGGCCGUCUGUCACAGAAACAGCCCCCGGUGGGAACCUUAAUCUUACCCAUCAGGCCUUGGGGUGUCCUCAAUCCUGGACCCGUCCCAGCAGCAGACGGUCCCUGGGUUGAGGUUACACACAGACUCCGCCUUUAUUCGGGAGGC